AUGCGGUGGAUGUUGAGUUCAACGGAAGAACAAUCCCAACUUCAAGAAUCACAACCUGAAGAAGCGGAAAAACAACCAGGCGAUUGCUGUUCCGUCAAGAGAACUCUCCGAGUGCUCAGACCAACCUCAGAGCAGCUGAAAUCUCUCAAUUUAAAGUUUGGUUGUAACUCUAUCGAAUACGCCGUCACAUCUUCCCUUCAAGGAACUCAAACCGUUAAGGGCUCAAUUUACUUCUGGCCAGCUCGAACUAAAAUUCUGAUUUCUGACGUCGAUGGCACAAUUACAAAAUCGGACGUCUUGGGACAGCUGUUUCCUGUUAUUGGUCGCGAUUGGUCUCAUGAAGGUGUUGCAAGGUUGUUCUCAAAGUGCGUUCGAAACAACUACAAAAUCAUUUAUCUAACGGCCCGAGCGAUUGGACAAGCUGAUCCCACACGUGACUACCUCUUCGGUCUUAGACAAGAACAAGCAGCGCAACUUCCAGAUGGACCGUUGAUUAUGAGUCCUGAUCGACUCUUCUCAUCAUUUCGAAGAGAAGUUAUUGAUAGAAAGCCUUAUGUCUUCAAGAUCGCUGCAUUAAAAGACAUUCGAAAUCUGUUUCCUCGAGACUACAAUCCCUUCUAUGCAGGAUUUGGCAAUCGUGAUACUGACCAUCGUUCAUACGUUCAUAUUGGAUGUCCAGAGGCUCGAGUCUUUAUAAUCGAUACUAAAGGAAAAUUACAUCAUGUCAAUCACACUUACGCUCAGACUUAUGCAUCAAUGAGUGAUAUGGUUGAGCACAUGUUUCCUCCAGUGCCUUCGGAUUCGGGGGAUGGAGGUUAUCUAGGGGAAGAAGAACAGGUGAGAAGGCGAAAACGAUUAACUCCCGAAAAGUUUUACGAAUCAUGGACUGCUGAAGCGGCAAAUCGACGAUUACGACUCGAAGACGGAACCGAAAUCAUUGAUCGCUCCGGGUUAUUCAGCUGUUGUUCCCAACGCUCAUCCUCAACAUUCGCAGUCAAUGAAUGUGACACUGCGUCAACAACAUCGCAACAGCCGAAAGUGACGGUUCUUGAAAUUCCGAGCAGCAAUGAGAAAAAACAAGAACAGCAGACUGCCGUUCGAUCGAGUGAAAGAAGCAUCGGCAGCAAGGAAAGUCUUGAAAUCGAAACCACUCGGAUUGGAUAUGCGAUACGAGAUGCGAAAGCAGACCGCGAUACCUCCUUCAAUAUGCCAAGCCCAUUCUCAGAUGUGGGUGACAAUCAAAUCGAACAUCGAAGGAGAGAAGUUCGCGGAUCAAAACGGGAAGAAUGUAGUCGUUUCAACGAUCUGAAUUUUUGGAAAGUCGGUUAUGAAUUUUUGAAUGACGACGAGGAAGAUGAAGACUCGGAGGAUUUUUCAAUCCUUGAGGCGGAAAUGGCGCGAAUGCAAGCUGAUCAGGAAUCUCAAGAGAAGGCUUUGGUUCGUUUUGCCGAAGAGGGAACUGCCGAAGGACUUCAUACAGAUGACAUCCUAUCACCAGAACUUUCUCAUGAAAAUGAAUUAAUAGAGAAAAGUGAUGAAGAUGAAAUUACAAGUGAAGAUAAGGAUGCUGAAAUCUCUUGCGGAACGGAAA